ACUGGAACAGCUCAACAGAUUUUGCAGUCAGUUCCUGUUAGUGUUUUAUCACUUCUGUAUAAGGUUGUAGAAAGUUUUGUUACUGUUGCUGAUAGAAAGAGAGAUCUCGAGCAAGGAGCUGUGAUUGGAAAAUGCAGUCCACCACUGUACUGAAGAUUAUUUUUGUCACCGUCCUCUGUGGGGUCGUGAAUGGAAAGGUGUUUGAACGGUGUGAACUGGCAAAGAAGCUGAAGAUAUCUGGUUUGGAUGGAUACCAAGGGUACAGUCUGCCAAACUGGGUGUGCCUAUCAUUCUACGAGUCUCGUUUCAACACUCAGGCGGUGAACCACAACACAGACCAGUCCACUGAUUACGGGAUCUUUCAGAUCAACAGCCGCUGGUGGUGUGAGGAUGGGAGGACGCCGCGCUCCAAAAAUGCUUGCAACAUCCCCUGCAGCCGCCUGCUGGAUGAUGACAUCACUGAUGACAUCCAAUGUGCUAAGCGUGUAGUGAGGGACCCAAAUGGAAUGAAGGCAUGGGUUGCCUGGCGUAAGUUCUGUGAAGGUCGGGAUCUUACCAAGUACACAGCUGGCUGUGGAGUUACACCAAAAAAUAACUGGGUGGGCAGUGCAUAAAUUCUGUAACUUUUAGGAAUCUAAAGUAAUCUGGAUUUCAUGUCUUACAAAUGCCUAUUUUUCAAUAUAAUUUUCUAGUGCUACAUUUUUUAUCAUUAAAAAACAAAAAUGCAUGCACUUUUGCUUAUUCAUUUUUGAUUUAUGUAUGAUUGCAGAAAGAGAAGUGAAGGAGCAUGCAAUACUUAGUAAGCUAACAAUGACAGAGCAUUAGCGCUUGUGGGUAAAGCCAGAGUGACAGCAAAGCAGCACUUCUGGUUCCACCCUACAAGCACUCACACUCCAGAAACCACAAUCUUUCUUUGAUUUAUCAUCUGUUCAAUUAGCUUUUUUCCUGUCAAAUACAUUGUAGAGUAGAUUCCUGUUUAAAUCAAUAAAGUGUUCUUUGUGAAUCCCA